UGGAGUUUGAAAUCAGGACCUUGGCACUUGCUAGGCAGGUGCUUUACUUCUUAAGACAUAUGUCCAGCACCUCCCUUCCAGCUUUUAUAAUUACUAUUCUAGCCUCUUUCAUAAAGAAAUACGUGUUUUAUUUUUUAUAGUUUGCUUUCUAUGAGCCCAGGUGAAGAAAUCUUAACCAUAUUACAGACAACGCCAUUUGAUCUAGAAGAGCUUAAGAAGGAAGACGCUAAUCUUCCCCCAGAGGAUGAUGACCAGUGGUUAGAUCUCUCACUAGAUCAGCUGGACCAGCUACUACAUGAAGCUGCUGGCAAAAAGGAAUCACAGCCCAUUUCCAAGGAGGAGGAGCAGAACUAUGACUUAACUCAAGUCUCAGACAGCAUGAAAGCUUUCAUAUCCAAAGUCUCAACCCACAAGGGAGCAGAGCUGCCUCGAGAACCUUCUGAGGCACCAAUCACUUUUGAUGCAGAUUCUUUUCUUAAUUAUUUUGAUAAGAUUUUGGGUGAGUUACAGUGUGAUGUUUACUCUUACUUUGGAACUUUAAGGAAUAUGGCUGUUACUAGAGCAUUAGAGCGUUAGAUCACUAAGAAGUCAAACACCUGCCUGGUGCCUGUGGCUCAUGC